AUGAAACAGAGACGAGGCCACCUUCCAAUUCACGUGGCAGCGAGUUCUACUCCAGAAGUACUGAAACUUCUUCUGGAGAAAGGAGCAGAACCUGAUAUUGCAGUGGACCAAGAGGGUUCGCGGGACCAUGGAAGUACACCAUUAUCUCUGGCCUGCCACCCGUUCACAAACAACGCUCAAAUUGCUCAGAUCCUACUCGAUGCGGGUGCCAAUCCCAACAAAGACAUGGGAGGAAGCCAAACGAUCUUUUUAAGCGCCGUAUUUUCAGCGAAUGUGUGGGCGACAAAACUGUUGUUAGACUCGGGUUCUGUCGAUUUGAAACUUCCUGUACAUGCAAACACUCCAGCGCUACUCGUUGCUGCUUCCAUGGGACACGCUGAAAUAUGCAAGAUUUUGCUUGAUGCCGGUUUUGAUGCGAACAUUGCUGCGACGGACGAUAAUGAUUACACCCCUCUGCACAAUGCGGCUGGAUAUGGCAACGGGGAGACGGUCAAAGUGUUGGUAGAUGGUAAAGCAAAUAUUGAGGCACGCACUUUAGACGGUCGUCGACCACUACACAUGGCAUGUUUCAAGGGAAAGCUGGAUUGCGUUAAGGUGCUUCUUCAGUCCGGCGCCGAAAUCGAUUCAGUAGACGAAAAUGGCUGGACUUCACUUCAUUUUGCCGCUCGCUACGGUCAUAUGAAGAUAGUCAAAUUAUUGCUCCAGCCGACUGGCUCGAAGCCCGCGGCAUUGGGGAUGAUCACGACUGGUGGACCGGGAGAAAACAUGUCUGGUUGUACUGCAGCCGAUCUGGCGAGAUCCAAUGGUCACCAUGCUAUUGCUGAGUUUCUAGUGGAAGCAGAGAGUGUGUAA